AGGCAGGAGUGCGUGAAGGACGGGCAAGUCUGAUGACAUCCACAGUUUCAACGCUGAAUCAUCUACAGCAGCAGACAACUCGUGAGUUUGUAAAGUUAUAAAUUGUUUUUUUUUACUUUGUAAAGAGAGCAUUGUAGCCUAUGUCAAACCUCUGUAAGGGCUGGGAAAGUUGAACCCGAAACAAAGACUGUUCUGGAGACUGCCCGUAUUUCUCGAACCCACAUUCACACUGACAGGCGGAGGAACGGGACAGACUGAGAGAGAGCCCCCGAGGGGGUUUGGAAGGAGAGAAAAACCAAAAAAAUCCUACCAGUCCACUUCUGCAUCAAGAAAUGUCCUAAAAUUACGCAUGAAGGAGUUUAUGGAGACGAGAAGAAGAGUUGUGGUGACAACGAGAGAGAAAGUUAGAGGAGAGUAGAGCAGAAGAGUGGAGAGCACGGGACAGUCAGAGGAGAAUCUAGUCUACCUGGGAAAGGGGUCAGAGAAUGAAUUAGCGAACAACGAGUGCCCUGUGUCGCAGCCAACAGUAAGGCUUGACACCUGUUCCCCCCACCCCCUAGUUAGCCACACCCAUGGAUGAGGAGAGGAGCCCCCCUGUCAGCUCACCUGAGCCCCUUGAUGAUAGGGACCCACAUCCCCCCACGCCGCACCCCAACCCCUCCACGGACAUCCCAGCCUCCACCCCUAUUCCAACCCCCACACACACCACAGAUUUGGACAGGAGCAUGGAGCCCCUCAUCGAGAGGCCAAAGGUUAAACCAGAGGGGUUGCUAGGAGACGCGGAGAACGGCAACAACAACAACAGUCUCUCACAGCCGGACCUGACGACACCUAGCAAGAGCAUUACCUGUCAGCCCCAGGCUCGCUCCACCCACAUCAACCCCAGCCAACCCUGCCUAACACAGCCAACCAGCCAGCCACGAGACGGAGCCAAGCCCCACACACACGCCCCUCACACCAACGGAGUGAGGAACGGAGGCCCCUGUGAUCGGCCGGCCCCUGGCUCCCUCCCUAAGGCAGCCUCUUCCUCCUCCUCGUCGGGGAUGAAGAACUCCAAGAAGCUCCGGUCCAACCCCUCCAUCACCUCUCAGAGCAGCAAGAGGAGCAAGAGCUCCUCCAAGAGCAACAGCUCCCAGAUACCUACAGAGGUACAGGAUGACUGCUGUGUUCACUGUAUCCUGGCCUGUCUGUUCUGUGAGUUCCUGACUCUGUGUAACAUCGUGUUGGACUGUGCCACCUGUGGUUCGUGUGCGGGGGACGACUCGGCGUGCUUCUGCUGCUGCUGCGCAUCGGAGGAGUGCGGUGACUGUGAACUGCCGUGUGACAUGGACUGUGGGAUCAUCGACGCGUGCUGCGAGUCUGCAGACUGCCUGGAGAUCUGCAUGGAGUGCUGCGGACUCUGUUUCUCCUCCUGAGCCUACUGCAGUGGGUGAUCUCUCUCUGUCUCACACACACAGCCCAGGCUCAGUAGAGAGCGUAGUGGAGGGGCAGGAUCAUUGGCCAACAUUGAGGACAUAUUGAGAGUUGCCAUUGGUCCAUGUAAGGACAAUCCAUUGGAAUUGACCAAUCAAAGGACAUGGACUACUCUUUGGCUUGUCCUGCUCACCUCUCUUCUGUGUUGCCUGUCAGUUUGCUAAGGAGAAGAUAUCUCCCUUGUUACUACCACAUUGCCAUGCAGAUGUGUAUACACCAUGAUAGCUGUGCUCCAGCGAUGGUUCUGAACGGCUUCUCUCUCUGGACUUCCUUUGGACCCUCAGUGAUCUGUCUCAGUGAGCUGUCUCUUCUUGCAGCAGAACCCCCUGUCUCCAGAGACUCAGCAGCACAAUGAAUGGAUCUCUCCAUGCAUGAAAAUGACCUCGCAGGCAAAUGAGAAAAUGGCUCCAUUUAACAGGAUUUCAGUGUUUCUGUAGAUAAGACAGCAGAGUAAUAGGAAAAUGGUCGCUCAGAUCGGAGCAGAACCUAGUUUGUCCUUGGCAAGGUUAAACUCUUCCAGUUUUAGUGCUAACCGUUUUUCUCAGAGUGCACAGUCCGUGUGGAGGGUGUGUCUACUGUAGAUGACUAGGACUGGGAGUAGGGGGCUAGGCUACAAACCAAUGGAAACGUGUCAACACUAACCACAGUUUAUGCGAGUGAAGUCAUACCGUAUAAACAAAAAUCAGGACAGCUGUGAAGUUUUGUAAAUAAUACAAAAAAUGCCGACUUGGUGGGAUCUUUUUGUGCCGGUAAAAUAUAUUAUGCGAAAAAUGGUGAAGUGAUGAUCGACGCUUGACUGCCAUUUGACAAGUACAAAUAUUCUCCCUCUUAUCCAUAAUAACCGUAUCAUGUAGACGAGCCUACCUGCACGGUAUCUGAGAGCUGAUGGCUGGAGCCCAUCUGCCAAGACCAGAGUUAUAGUAGAGUUGAAAAUGCAAUGGAAACACUUUAGAUUUUAGAUUUCGAUUUUUAUUUGGUACAUGAAAACUGGAGCGGAAAAGUACAUUUUGUGUCUCUGUUUUAUCAGGCACUGAUUUUUAUGCGCAUAUUUUCUUUAUGCGAAUUCUAGAAUAUUUGCAUGAAUAUCUGUCUCUAAUUGGAUGGAAACCUAGCUACUGAUACAAUAAUUUUGUUCCAUAGCCAGCAUUAGUACACCUGAUUCAGCUAAUCGAGAUUUUAUGGUUAGUUGAUGAGUUGAACAGUGCUGGGCUGAAACGAAAGUCUGCAGUGUUUGUAGGGGGCGUUGUUGACAGACCAAACAAUCGACACAUCCUCCAUCUGACUCAAACAUGUGAAAGGAGAGCUCGUCUGUCAUCUUUCUGUAAUUGUCUAUAUGUCUGGCUGUAAACUGAUUACAGAUGGUUACUAACAGAUAGACUGGAAGAGAUCGUUCAAACUCUCAAGGCUUUUACCUGAUCUCAUUCUCUUGUACUGUACAGUAUGUGAACGGAAGGCCUCUGCUUUACUCCAGGCCUGGAUUGUCUCUCCUUGCAACAAAAAUUAUAUUAAUCCAUCUUAUUUUGUGUAGAUUUUAGUUUAGAUAUUUGCAUUUCUCUUCCAAUGUGAAAUCACAUUUCUAUGUUAUCAGUUCCAACCUCUCUCCCUGCAAAGCAAUCGUUCUUCAAAAUGUCAUUUCGUUCCCAGAUUUAGAAUAUCUGCGGAUAUUAUGCUAAGUAUGAUCCAUAUGCUAGCAUUUUGAAUGGUAAGUAUAUUAGUUUUAUCAUAAUAGAAUAGAUCCUGCACACUCCAACACUUACCCUUUUCUGCCGAGCAACUCAUGAGAUAUAAUGUAUUUUUCUACUAAGAUUAUGUUUGUAUAUUUUAUACCCAGUGGGUCCUGAUUGCCCUCAGCAAAAACUGUGUUGGUCCUCUUAUGACUUUGGGGUCUAUUCAAUCUGAAACUGUGAAGCGUCACGGAUUCUGCGCUAUGCAUUUUAAGGUCAUUUCCGAUUGGGCCGACAUUUGCAGCGUUUACCGUGAAUGUAGUCAAUCACGCUGUAGAGCUGAACUUCCCGAUGCAGAUUGAAUAGGGCCUUUUAACUCUCAGAAAUACCAAAGAAAAUCAAAGAGUUUGCUGUUGCUGAAUCUUUAUACCCUAUAUUCUGUGGAAGGUUUUACACUUGGUUGUAGGCUAUGGCUAAUCAAACUAGCCAAUUGCUUGAUUCCAAAGACUACAGACUUUACAGAUAGAUAAUCUGUAUUGUAUUACUGGGUGUAACUAGUAAUGAAAGACAUGCCUUAUUGGGAAUACUCGGAAUCUCUGAUGAAAGCGCUAGCUGUACAUCUACAUGGAGAUUAAGGUAAUAUUGGAAAGAUGCAUUAAAGUUUUAUUACGGAUUACAAAUGAUGUAGAGAGAGGUGUCAUAUUGUACAUCCAAGUCAUUGUUGAGUAAAGCCCUGGAAAUAUGCCUAGUGUUAACAAUAUAGAGUGUUUUUAAUGGACAAUAAAACUGGAAAUCAGAAGUGAGAAUUUGAGAGACACAGUUGAAGUCAGAAGUUUACAUACACUUAGGUUGGAGUCAUUAAAACUCAUUUUUCAACCACUCCA